UUUAGUUUGUUCAACCGUCGUCGUCGCCGCCGCUUGCAAUUUGAUUCUUUGACCACUGCUACGAGUGUGUGUGUGUGUGGUAAUAGUACAAAUGUGCGAAGGCACUUACAGUGAAACACCAAGCCAAAACCAUCUGAAGCCGUUACAAAAUCGUAACUGUAAAUAAAAUCAAAUUCUUUAGACAUUUGCCGCGUGUGCGCACUCAAACCAAUAAACAAAACAAGCGAUCCAUAUGCGUUGUACCUGGACAUCUGGACUGCUCUAUCAAACAAAUACUAAAUCCCAUCUGUACAUAACAAGCGCAACAGUCAAACCUAACCAACAAGCGAUCGUAUAGGAAGAGUCAGCAACGGUCAGAGAAGCAGCAGCAGCAGGAGCAUAAGCAGUGCGUGUGAAACUGUAAACGGUUUCGCAAUCGAACGGCAAAGAAGAAAGACAAGCAAAGAAAAGAAAAGCCUACCACGCGUCGUUCAGCUCGUUGCGCUUGUUUCGGCACACACGUAACUGUGUGUUGUAUGUCCGCCCCACCCUGCCCGACGCCUUCACAGUCCGUCGUAAACUCUGCUGUCUUGUUGUGUGUCGAACUUUGGCGGCAGCAGCAGCACCACCACUUCGCAGUCGCCGCGCAGCAAUAGACAAAAAAUUUAAAAGCAGCGCAGCCGCCGUCAGCGUCGACGUUCUUCGCUCUUCGUGCGUGCGUGCGUGCCUUUUUAUCUCUCCGUGUGACUGUGCGUAGCUGUGCAUGGGUGUGUGUGUGCGCGCAUAAGGUGUGGUGUGUAUACAAAAUCGAUUGAACCAACGCCGCAGUCGUCGUCGUCGUCGUCGCAGUCGCGUUACGCGAUUUUCAACGCAUUUUUUUUUCUUGUGCAGAGUUUUGCAUUAUUGUUGUUCUUCUUCUUUUUUUUUUUAAAUUGUUAUCUCUGGGAUAUUCGGCAAAUUGAAGCUGUUCUGUUUUUGUUUGUUUUUGUUACGUGGGUGUGUGAGCCAAGAGGAAAGAAAAUUUGCCAAUGAUGGAUAAAUCAACAACAACGAACACGGCGAAAGCCAAAGCUGCAACUGAUGCUAAUGUCCAAAAUGAGGCAGCAGCAGCAACUGGAGCUGGGUGUGGCACCAAUGGCAAUAACAGCAGCAGCAGCAGUAGCAGCAACAACAACAACAACAACAACAACAACAACAACAAUACUGCCACCGCCGCCGGCAGCAACAACAGCACCAACAACAACAAUAGCGGACGGCAACGUUAUUCGCAGGCUGCGGCCAUGGCAGCAGCAAUGGCCACAACAAGUGCGCUGCUCAGCAGCAGCAGCAGCAACAACAGCAAGCACAACGGGAGCAACAGCAACAGUUCCACAACAGUUGCCAGCACUACUGGAAUGGUCUCGGGAACGGUAAAUGGCAGCAAUAUGAUGAUUAACCUCAAUAUCAGCACCACAACCGGCGGCAAUUUCGGCGUCAGCGUCGAGCCGCACAUCAGCGUCGAGAGCCUGAAGAAGAUAAUAGCCAAGAAACUGAAAGUGGCCAAGGAUCGCAUCUGUUUGUUGCAUCGCGAGAAGGAAUUACAGGAUGGUACGCUCAGAGAUCACAACUUAAUGGACGGUUCCAAGAUCAUUUUAAUACCAAAUGUAGAAACUGGUUUGCUGGCACAGCGUCCGGAGAACACAGUGAUGCAAGCGCUGGAAUCGCUUAACGACUCGCAGGUUAAUGACUUCCUCAGCGGCAAGACACCACUUAAUCUGAGCAUGCGACUGGGCGAUCACAUGAUGCUCAUUCAGCUGCAGUUGAGCACCGUUAAUCCCGCAGGCGGCACUGCUGCCGGUGCGACGGCUGCCCUGCCAGCGCCAGCGGCGAGCGGCAACAACAGCUUGGCCGCCGGUUGCAGCAGCAGCAGCAGCAGCGGCAGCGGCAGCUCUUCCACUGGGACAUCAAGCACAGCCAUGGCCUGCAGCUAUGCAGGUGGCAGCGGCUCCCAUUCGUCGCAUACGCGCACGCGCUCCUCCAGCCAGCGGCUGGCGAGCGGACGCAUUGGCAACGGCCAUGUGCACAGUCACCAACAUCCGAGUCUGCAGCACAGCCACAGCCAUCAUCACCAUCACCAUCAUCACCACCACAACGCUUCGGCGGUGGCCGCCGGCAGCGCUGGCGGUAUGGCAUCCAGCACACGCAAACUGGACAUGGAGCGUUCCAGCAGCGGUGGCGGCGGCAGCGUUGGCGCCGGCGGAGGCAGCCGCAUGCUGACCGCAGCAGGAGGUAGUUCGGGUCAUGGCCAGGCACACCACGCCAUCAAGAGCUCCGAUCUCAGCUCGUUCCUAAGCAAGCGUGACUACGAGAGUCUACAGAAUAUCGUGAAGAGCAUUGCACUGACGCAAGCGCCAAGGGCUGCAGCAGCGGCCGCUGCCGCCGCAGCUUCCCAAGCAGCGGCAAUACAAGCCGGCGGCUCAGCGACUGUGGCGGCGGCGACGGCUACUGCGACGGCGCAGUCAAAGCCGUUGUUGGAGCAGUCGCCCAUUAAGUCGCUCUCCAAUCUCGUCUCGAGCCCAAUCAAAACGACGGCCAUUAAGAAUAUACACAUUGCCCAUGGCCCGGGCGUCAGCUCCAGCUCCAACUCCAACAUCAACAUUAAAAGCGUUGCCAGCUCCAGUUCCUCCAUUCAACCGUCAGCAGCUGGCGCUGCUGGCUGCACCAGCGGUGGCUGUCAGCAGGAUCCGAUAGCCGCCAAGCUCACCUCGUGCUUGUGCACGCGCCUGUCCACACCAGCAGCAGCAACAGCAGCAGCAACAGCAGCAGCAGCACCAGCAGCAGCAGCACCAGCUGCAGCAUCAACAGCAGCUGCUCCAACAACUGUGCAACCCAGUCCCAACAGCAACAACAUUGUAGCUGUGACACGUGCAUCUGCAGGUUCCGGCUGCGUCGUAGACAGCUCAUUGCACAAGACUGUCAACAAUCCCAUUACCAUAACACGCUCCAAGCAUCGGCAUCACCAUCACCACCACCAUCACCAUCAUCAUUAUCAUCAUGCCGCAGCUGCGGCUGCCGCUGCUGCAGCAGCGCUUAAGCCUCAAGAGGCAGCAACCGCGAAGAGUGGAACAGCAGCAGCAGCAGCAGCAGCAGCAUGUGUCACCACUGCUAGCAGCACGGAGCUGGAUGAUGCCGGUCUGGCUGUGUCGGAUACCCGCACGCUGGCCGAGGCAUCGCGCAACCUCACCCAGACAUUGCGCAAGCUCUCCAAAGAGGUGUUCACCAACAAGAUCGAUUUGUCUGGCGGCGGCAGCGUUGGCGUCGGCGCCGGCAUUGGCGGCGGGGAGGAGACACCGCGCAAAACUGGCUCCGGCGCUGUCAUUGAGUCAAUGAAGAAUCAUGGCAAGGGCAUAUACUCGGGCACCUUCUCGGGCACGCUGAAUCCGGCGCUGCAGGAUCGCUUCGGACGGCCCAAGCGCGACAUUUCCACUGUCAUCCACAUACUUAACGAUCUGCUAAGUGCCACGCCCCAAUACAGUCGUGGCGCACGCAUCAGCUUCGAGGCACCCACCAGCGGCAGCAUCAGCAACGGCGCCUCCACCACCUCCAGCUCCAGCUCCAGCUCCAGCUCGACAACCGCUUCCAACAGCAGCGGCAGCAGUGCCGCCAAUGGCAUCGCAGCCAUCACAGCCGCAGCCCCAGCAGCAGCGGCUGGUGCAAUGCAUCAUGGUGUGCGCAGCAAGCUGUACUCGACGAAGCAUCACAACUGCGCCAAGUGCAACAGCCGUGCGCAACAGCAGCAGCAACAGGCAGCAGCAGCGGCGGCGGCUUUGGCUGCUGGCAGCUGCGCCUAUGGCGAAUGCAAUGGCCACUAUUUGGCCAAGGGAGGAUCCUCUGUCGCUGCUGUUUGCGGCACCAAGUCAACCCCACUCGGCUGCUGCACAGAUGUUGCAGCCAGCGGCAACAGCAGCAACAGCAGCAGCGGCAGCAGUAGCGCGAAUGCCACCACAGCAACUGGUAGCUCGAGCGCCUGCAUGUGCCGCUAUCGCACGGUCAGCGGCGAGGACAACGGCCAAAGGGAGCGGGAACACAUGUGCCAGAAGUGCGUCGUGGAGCUGGCCAAUCUGAAGACCAAGUCCAAGCUGGACCAGCUGCGGCUGGUCAUGCAGCAGCGCAAGCAAAAGCGUGAGGCGCGCAAAUUAAAGAGCUCACCGUACGAUGCCAACUCGGGCAUGGCGCCAGUGUCCAGCGUUGAGGCGGUGCCCCAGUAUAGCGCUGUAAGCGCACUGGUGACGACGCCGCCGCAGGCAGCCAAGGCAAAGCAUAGCAGCAGCAGCAGCAGCAGCAACAGCAGCAACAGCAGCACAACAGCAGCAACAGCAACAACAGCAGCAGCAGCUGCUGCAGCUGCAGCAACAAACACGGCACCGCCCAGCGAGGUCUCCCCAAAUCACAUAGUCGAGGAGGUGGAUACGGCCGCCUAAGUGCAACUGCAACUGUUCACCCUUUGUAGCAUUUACUAGUUAAUGUUGCACUUAGACAAACAACAACAACAACAAUUAGUUUUAUAGGUUUAUUAAUAUUAUUAUUAUUAUUUUUUUUUUGGCUUUAUGAUUUGUUUUAAAUGCGGCAGCGCCACGUAAGCUCCCUGCAACUACCACACUUGUUGGUGCAACUGUUAUACCUAAUCAGCUGCUUACCACAAAUCCACACCCUUCGCCCCCUCCCUAUCCAACCCGAUCCACUCGUUCCUCGUAGCUCGCAAUUGUUUGAAACAACAGAGAGAGAAAGAGAGAGAGAGAGAGAAAGUUGUUGAGCUGUUAAAUUAAUUUUAAGAUACUUAACAUCAACAUUAUGAUCAUUAACAAAAUCAUUAUAAACAACAGCAUUGUUAACAUAAUUAACUAUUAAUCAGCCCGCAAAUCUCAAAUCCUACUCGCGCUCCACCCCCCCUUCCCCCACCACUCAAACCGCUUUCCAGCUGUCUGGCUGGUAAUCCUUUAAAUAAACUUAAUUUAGUAAAAAUUUUCAAAUGUAAAACUAAGCCUAAAGAUGUAAGCAGCAGAAGAAAAAAAAAAACACAAAAGAAAAAAAAUUGAUGUUGAAUGGUAAUUUUGAUGUAAAAGCCAAA